GGGAUUCAUACCUUGAAUGAAUUGAGAGAUCCUGUACAGGAAGAAAGAAGAGUUCACAACAGCAACGAAGAAGAAAGGAAGAAAACACAGAGAAGAAGAAGGAAGGACGGAAAGAAAGAACGAAGAAAUGUGUCGUAGGGUUUAUGAACUCAUGAUCUCGCUUCCCUGACCAGGCAUACAAUGGCUCAGUGUUUCCUGCGCAUCUCCUUCUCGUGCACACGUUCGUCCGUUUCCCGCGACGCCCUCCCUCCCGCCGGUGCUCACGUGUAGCCAAUCUCCGCUGUUUUCAAAUACAGUUUGGGCAUUCAUUGUUGAGUCGGUUUAUGAGUUUUUCUAUGAGCUCUACUACCACAGCCACAUCCCCUGAGCAGGAAGGUGCUACUCUCAAUGAACAGGCGAGGGAGCGAAUCAGCGUGCAACGUUACGAUGUCGAGGCUUGGACCUCCAUCGCCAAUGAGGCACAAUCUCGGCCAAUCAACGAGGCAGCACCACUCUAUGAGCAACUUUUGGCAACAUUUCCUACUGCUGCAAGGUUCUGGAAAAUGUAUGUGGAGGCUCAAAUGGCUGCCAACAACGAUGAUGCGGUGAAGCAAAUUUUCAGCCGCUGUUUGCUGAACUGUCUCAAUGUGGACCUUUGGAGGUGCUAUAUCCGAUUCAUGCGUAAGGUGAACGACAACAGGGGAAACGAAGGACGAGAAGAAAUGAAAAAAGCCUACGAUUUCAUGCUGAACCAUUUAGGUGUGGACAUAGCAGCUGGACCUGUUUGGAUGGAAUUUAUUUCAUUUCUAAAAGCCGCUCCGGCAUUGACCCCCCAAGAAGAGUCUCAGAGGAUGACAUCAAUUCGAAAGGCCUAUCAAAGAGCAGUGCUCACUCCGAUACACUUAGUUGAACAGCUGUGGAAGGACUAUGAAAGUUUUGAAAACUCUGUGAGCAGGGCACUGGCAAAAGGUCUGUUGGCAGAAUACCAGCCAAAACAUUUCAGUGCUAGGGCUGUCUACAGGGAACGGAAAAAGCACUGUGAACGUAUCGAUCAUAGUAUUCUAGCAGCACCACCUACUGGGUCGAUCAAGGAGGAGCAACAGUGUGUAGUCUGGAAAGCACUUCUGAAUUUUGAGAAAGGGAACCCACAAAGACUGGAUCCUGGAGCUUUAUCGAAGCGUGUUGCAUUCACUUAUGAACAGUGCCUUAUGUACUUGUAUCAUUAUCCAGACAUUUGGUAUGACUAUGCCACUUGGCAUGCCGAAAACAAUGCCUUUGAUGCAGCGGUAGCAAUCUUCGGACGAGCCCUGAAAGCUUUACCAGAUACCUCUGUCCUUCAUUAUGCUUAUGCUGAAUUUGAGGAAUCUCGUGGUAGCAUUGAGGAGGCGAAAAAAGUUUACGAGACGCUGUUGCGAAACGACACCACUGCGAACGCACUAGCCUACAUUCAGUACAUGCGGUUUGUGAGAAGGACAGAAGGUGUAGAGGCAGCUCGUAAGAUUUUCCUUGAAGCCCGUAAAUCACCGGGCUGUACAUAUCAUGUCUAUGUGGCUUCUGCUACUAUGGAGCUGUGCGUAGAUAAGGAUCCAAAGGUGGCUCGAAAUAUUUUUGAACUGGGUCUGAAGAAGUACAGUCAUGAGCCAGCAUAUGUUUUAGAGUACGCUGACUUUUUGUGUCGAAUGAAUGAUGACCGGAAUGUGCGGGUCUUGUUUGAGCGUGCGUUGAAAGUCCUCCCACCGGAUGAAUCAGUUGAGGUGUGGAAUCGUUUUAUGGCGUUUGAACAAGCAUAUGGAGACCUGCAGAGUAUGUUAAAGGUAGAGCAGAGACGACGGGAGGCGUUAAAUCAAAAUGGUGAAGACAGCCCGAGCUCAUUAGAAGACUCUCUACAACAAUUAAUAGCAAGAUAUCGAUUUCUUGAUCUUUGGCCUUGCUCAUCUUCCGAUCUUGACCACCUAGCCCGUCAGCAGAUAAUUGCACAGAAGCCUUGGACAAAAUCGGAGAAGCUUCCUGUUUCGCAAGGACCUAAUAUGUUAAGUACUCAGUCAACAGAUAAAGCUCAACCGACAGUAACUGCCGCUGAUGGAUCAACAACAAUGAGUGUAUCUGUAAAUAUUGUGCGACCAGAUAUUUCUCACAUGGUCGUUUAUGAUCCCAGACAAGGCUUUGCAGGAAUGAUGAACAGUGUGCCGAUGCCAGGAUUAGGCCUACAGAUGCGUCCACCUGCUCCACCACCAAGUGGGCUACCUCCAAGGCUUGCAGGACCGCCUCCUCUGCCUCCAGGGCGGCCUCCUGAUGUGGCCCUGGGGCCUAAAGUUAGUGAGGAGGUCCUCAAAUCUCUACCCUCUGCAGUAAGCAGUUUCCUCAGUCGACUACCCGCGGUAAAUGGUCCAAUACCAGAUGUAGAUGUAGUGAUAUCGUUCUUGUUACAGGCAGAAGUACCGUCGGCAUCUGAGAGUUCCUUACAACAACCCCAGCAGACUCAGCGUGUGCCCAGUCCCGGCAAUGCCGGCAAUGUUGCAACCCCAGCAGAUUCCUCCAAUAGCGUCAAGCAACAGCCUGGCACGAACGGAACAGCCAGAAGCGGCAAUCAACAGGCUUCAUCAGGUGGUGCUGAAGGACGAAGUGGAGGAGGGUCUGGACCUCGGCACCAGCGUCAGCAACAACAUAAACGGAAGGAGCCUGACAGAACAGAAGAAGAAGAGGACAGUCCUGUAUCACAGAGUCGACCUCCACCGCGUGAUGUGUUCCGGUUGCGACAGCUGCAGAGGGCCCGCGUCGUUGGCAAUUCUGCACUGAGCGGAGUAGCGUCAGGAGGGAGUGGGGCAUAUAGCGGAGAGCCAUCCGGUAGUUCAGAGUAGUGAUGCGAUGAAAUCAUGUACUUACUGGCAUAGCUUACUCAAAGAUGUACCAUUUAUUUACACUAAUCAUUCGCCAGGAAACAUUCACAUUCUUUUUGC